AUGUUCAAGUACUUUUCUCUCAUUCUUUCGGUCAUUGUAUCCAUGCAAACGGUACAAGCCUUCUCAACUGGCCAAGUUCAAGUUGGUGAUCAUGGCUAUAAAAAGGUAGAUGAAGGUGCAGUGGCUCACUGCGGCACAAAUACCGCGCAACAAUGCAUUAAAUUCGAAAGUCCUAUGGAUGGUAUUAAUAUCACAAGUGUCGGUAACUUGGAUGUCUCAUGCACUCCUUCUGGUGAUUGCGUAUUCCCGUUCAAGUUCAACAAACAACAUGCCAAUAUGACUAUCACCUGUUUGGAUCAACAAGGCAAAAGUUCGGGUAUUCCAGGCGAAAUACUAGCCAGAUUCGGUAAAGUCAAUGUUCCCCACGGAGGUACCAAGUAUGCUAGCUAUGCCCUUAUCGGCGAAGGCAUUACCGCCAAGUGGGAGAGUGAAGAGGACUAUACUCUUCAGGCUGCAUUGGCCCUUGAUCAUUAUCCUAAAAAGAAAGCUGAAACUUUAUACGUCAAAUGUACAUGA